GUCUUACUCUUUUAUUUGGCAUCUUCAUUCAAUUUCAACCAUUGCACGGCGCCCACCAAAGUUGAGCACUCCAUUUCUUAUAAAGCUGAGUGCUUCUGCUUCUGCUUCUCCCAGACAGAGAGAGAAACAGAGAGAGAAAUGGAGGAUGUGGUUAUAGUUGGGGCAGGGAUUGCAGGGUUGGCGACUGCACUGGCGCUGAAGAGAGCUGGAGUUGAAGCGUUGGUGUUGGAGAGAUCGGAAGGCCUCAGAGCCACGGGCGCAGCUUUAACACUUUUCCCCAACGCUUGGGUUGCCCUUGAUGCCUUGGGCAUUUCUCAAAACCUCGCUUCCCUUUAUGCCCCAAUCAAAAAGGGAUAUGUAACCAACCUGGAUACUGGAAAAAUCCAAGGCGUUUCUUUCGUCGCCUCCAAUGGGUAGGUCUUGUUUUUUUGUUCACUUUGUA